AUGGGGCUGCAACAAUCACCGCUCAUGACCCUCUGUUUGUGUUUGCAGAUGCCGUCGUCGGCUAUUCUAGGGCUAGCUGUUACACCUCCUUGGGUUUAUUCGUCAUCUCAUCUCAGGCUACUGUGGGAGCUUCUGGGAAGAAAGAAACAAAGCGCUUCUGUGCUCCACCCAAUCGCGAUUCACCCCCUGUUAGAGACUCCGCCCACUCCCGUCUCCCUAAGCUUUUUCCGGCAGAUUGCAGAGCCACUGCCGGCGUCUGGUUGCUCCAAACCUCCGGCGACUUCCCUCUCAACCUGCAAGAAUGAACCAACAUGCAAAAGCCUGAGUUUUGAAUAG